AUGACGGUGUAUUACAGUCCUCGCAGCAGCGCUGAUCAUCGCGCCCGGCGGAAGAGCAUAGCCACUGGGAAGCAGCCCAGCAUGGAGAUCCCUCCCAGUGCCCCAAUUCAACCCUUCCGACAAUCCAGCUUUCUCAGCAGAAGGUUGAAGGGCUCGAUCAAGAGGGCUAAGAGUCAGCCCAAACUGGACCGAACCAGCAGUUUCCGCCACAUGAUCCUCCCCCGCUUCCGCAGUGCCGACCAAGACAGGACCCGUUUGAUGCAGAGCUUCAAAGAGUCCCACUCCCAUGAGUCCUUGCUGUCCCCGAGCAGCGCUGCCGAGGCUCUGGACCUCACCCUGGAUGAGGACGCCGUUAUCAAACCUGUCCACUCGAGCAUCCUAGGACAAGAGUACUGCUUUGAGGUGAGAGCUGAGCUGCUUGCCUGCUUCUGGAGCACCGGCAGCAGCGACUGUUUCGCAGCGGGCAGUCCGGCUGAGAGCUCCUCCUCCCUGGCCUCUCCCUGUCCUCUCUUCCCGGUGCACUCCGCCCCGACCCUCCACUCGCAACUCCGGUGA